AUGGCUGGUGAAAAAUUUUUAUUUACUUCCGAAUCUGUCGGUGAAGGUCACCCAGAUAAGAUCUGUGAUCAAGUCUCGGAUGCUAUCUUAGAUGCUUGUUUAGCACAAGAUCCAUUAUCCAAGGUUGCUUGUGAAACUGCUGCUAAGACCGGUAUGAUCAUGGUUUUCGGUGAAAUCACUACCAAGGCCCAAUUGGACUACCAAAAGAUUGUUAGAGAAACCAUUAAGCACAUUGGUUACGACAGCAGUGAAAAGGGAUUCGACCACAAGACAUGUAAUGUUUUGGUUGCCAUUGAACAACAAUCUCAAGAUAUUGCUCAAGGUUUGCACUACGAAAAGGCCUUGGAAGACUUAGGUGCUGGUGAUCAAGGUAUUAUGUUUGGUUACGCAACCGAUGAAACCGACGAAAAAUUGCCAUUGACCUUGUUAUUGGCCCACAAGUUGAAUGCCGAAUUAGCUUCUGCCAGAAGAUCCGGUGCUUUAGCUUGGUUGAGACCUGACACUAAGACCCAAGUUACCAUCGAAUACGAAAAGGACGGCGGUGCUGUUAUUCCACGUAGGGUUGAUACCGUUGUUAUCUCUACUCAACACGCUGAUGAAAUCUCUACUGAAGACUUAAGAACUCAAAUCUUAGAACACAUCAUUAAGAAGGUCAUCCCAGAACACUUAUUGGAUGACAAGACCACUUACCACAUUCAACCAUCUGGAAGAUUCGUCAUUGGUGGUCCUCAAGGUGAUGCCGGUUUGACUGGUAGAAAGAUUAUUGUUGACACUUACGGUGGUUGGGGUGCUCACGGUGGUGGUGCUUUCUCCGGUAAGGAUUUCUCCAAGGUCGACAGAUCUGCUGCUUACGCUGCCAGAUGGGUUGCCAAGUCUUUAGUCAACGCUGGCUUAGCUAGAAGAGCUUUAGUCCAAUUCUCUUACGCUAUCGGUGUCGCUGAACCAUUAUCUAUUCACAUUGAUACUUACGGUACCUCUAAGCACUCUUCUGAAGAAUUAGUCGCAAUCGUCAGAAAGAACUUCGAUUUAAGACCAGGUGUUAUUGUCAAGGAAUUAGAUUUAGCCAGACCAAUCUACUUCAAGACUGCAUCUUACGGUCACUUCACCAACCAAGAAAACCCUUGGGAACAACCAAAGAAAUUGAAGUAUUAG